AUGUUCGUCUCCAGGCUCUGCGUAAGGCCUGCCGCUUGCGCCCGUCGCGCUGCCUACUCAACUCUUGUCCAUCCAAAUCUCACUUCCCAUCUAACCCCGGUUACAGAGCAGGACAUCUCUCAUUUUGCCUCCUUUCUCCCCCCGGCAGCUAUCAUUUCCACCCUUCCACCCGCACCCAGUCCUCCAGACGAACUCGAUCAGUACAACAAUGACUGGAUAGGCAGGUUUCGCGGUCAAUCCACCACAGUUCUAAAACCAAAGACAACCCAGGAGGUCAGCAAAAUCCUCCAGUGGUGCAACCAAAGACGCAUCGGCGUCGUUCCGCAGGGUGGGAACACUGGUCUCGUCGGUGGGAGUGUCCCCGUGAAUAAUGAGGUUAUUCUCUCCCUCUCCAACCUCAAUAAAGUCCGGUCAUUUGAUCCUGUCUCAGGCAUAUUGGUGGCAGAUGCCGGUUGUAUUCUUCAGUCGCUCACCGACUAUGUUGCACCCCAUAAUCACAUCAUGCCUAUUGAUCUGGGAGCCAAAGGCAGCUGUCAAAUAGGUGGAAAUGUCGCUACAAAUGCUGGCGGCUUACGUCUAUUGCGUUACGGCUCACUACACGGCACCGUCCUGGGUCUCGAAGUCGUAUUGCCAGAUGGUACAAUUUUAGAUCAGCUAACUACCUUGCGUAAAGACAACACCGGAUAUGAUUUGAAGCAAUUGUUCAUUGGCGCGGAGGGUACCCUCGGUGUCAUCACGGGAGUGUCCAUCUUGACACCACCAGCGCCUCAAGCCUCUAAUAACGUCAUUCUUGCUCUGCCUUCUUUUGAUAAUGUUCUUCCACUAUAUCAAACUGUCAAACGCCAGCUCUCUGAAAUCCUGUCUGCUUUCGAAUUUAUUGAUCGUACAGCUUACGAUUUGGCAGUGAAACAUGGACAGGGCAGGGCACUCAGUGACGAAGACGUUGAGGGAGCAGAAUGCUUUGUCCUAGUGGAAACCAGCGGUGGGCGAAGGGAACACGACGAGGAGAAACUUAACGAUCUCCUAGAGCUUUUGCUUACUGCAGACAAGCCUUUGGUUAAUACGGGCGUCUUGUCACAAUCACCUGCCCAGUUCUCGUCUUUGUGGGCAUUGCGUGAAGGAGUUACAGAGGCCGUAUCAAAGGAAGGGAAGGCAUACAAAUAUGACAUAUCGGUCCCACUUUCAUCUUUCAAAGAUGUAGUGGACAAUACGCGGGAACACCUGCGAUCAAAGGGCUUGCUCCACGACAAAGCCGUCAAAUUCGUCCUUGGGUAUGGUCAUGUCGGAGACGGCAACUUGCAUCUCAAUAUUGUUGCUGACUCUUAUCUUCCCGAGAUCGAAAAUGCGCUGGAACCAUAUAUCUACGAGGUUGUUUCUUCACAUAGGGGCUCCAUAUCAGCUGAGCAUGGGAUUGGUGCCAUGAAAACCCAUGCACUACCAUACUCUAAAAGUGAAGUCAGCAUCCAGCUGAUGAAAAAGAUCAAGGGUAUCUUUGAUCCCAACGGUAUUAUGAACCCAGGAAAGGUUCUAGAGUAG